AUGACGAAAUUAGGCAUUGUGCCUGUCCCUGGGGCAGAAGAAGCUGCCAAUGAAAAGAAGGUUGAAGAUCUUCAAUCGGUCAAAGUUGAUCCAAAAGUAUUCACUGUUCUCCAGCCAGUUUAUCCUCCACCAGCGGCUAUUCCAGUCAAGCAAUACAGUCCAUUCGCUUCACUAUGUCGAGUUCUUAUCUACACCUUGCUGUUUGUAACUGUAACUGCUGUAACCCUCUAUUUGGCUCAUGGAAUUUAUAGAAGAGAAUACAUUUUGAAGCAACAAUCAGAUUUGGUUGACCAGCUUCAGAAGAACCAAAGACAAUCUUUUAAUGCCGAAAAAUUGAUCAGAGCUAAUAGUAAUUUGAAUCAACUUCAUCCAGCCCAGCAACUAGUUGAUGGAGCUGUUAACCGAAAACCAGCAGAAAUGGUUGCUGCUGAACAGAAUGAACCUAUUUAUAAUAACUGGGACAGAGUUAAUGCCCACAACAUGGAAUAUGUUCAGAACCAACGUAUGUUGCGUUAUCGUCGUCUCCAACAGUUGGCUAUGAUGGAACAGCAAGAACAAAUGGCUAGAGCUGCUUGGGCUCAACAAAUGGAAGCUCGUGCUCAAUGGGAAGCAGCUCGAAUGGCUCGUGCUCAAUGGGAAGCUUCACAAAUGGCUCGUGCUCAAUGGGAAAACGCUAGACAAGUUCGUGCUCAAUGGGCUCAAUAUUUGGCUGCUCAACAUCAACAACAACAAAUGCAACCAAACUUUGUGCAACCACAGUUUAACGCUUGGCAUCAGCAAAUACGUGCUGAUAAUGAAGCUCGUAUGGAGGCGCUCCAUGCUGCACAACGUGAACAAUACGCUCAAUGGGUUCAACAACAACAGCAAAUGGAAAAUCAACAGAGAGCUUGGGCACCUAACUUCCAGCCAGCUAAUGUACAGCAACAGCAGCCUCAGGUUGCCGAACAACAACAGUUCCCAGAACAACAAAUUAGACCGCUUAUGAUUGUCCGAACCUUCUCCAGAAUGUUGCCUACAAACCAAGAAAACAAUAUUCCCACCCGUCCUCAUGAUGCUUCCCCUCAAGAGAUCAUCAACAAUAUGAGUGAUCUUCCCCAACCAGCCAUUCAUGAUAGAAUCUAUCAAGAAAUGCAGAAAAAAUCCCAAGGAAUGGAUUUUAAUGCUCCAUCUCGUCCAAUUUGGACUGCCAUCACACCAACUCCAGAAACUCCUCAAGUUAACGCUGAUCAAAUCUUCGAAGAAAACAUGAAGAAAGCAAUGGAAUUAGAGAAGGCCACCACUCCCGUUCCAACCCUUCCUACUGUCGAUUCCAGCUCUGAAGAGAAGAACGAUGACAACAUUUUCCGUGAUAUUUUCAACGCAAUGGCCGUAGUUGUUCAACAAGAGACUCAGAAAGCCAACCAAAACAACAUUUUCCAAGAAGUUAAUGAGUUACAGAAACAACAAGAAUCUGACGAGGAACAGAAAUCUAAGGAAAACAUUUUCCAAACCGUUGAGAGACUCCAAAAAGAACAAGAAGCUAACGAAGAAGAAAAGAAGGAAGAAAACAUCUUCCAAGAAGUUGACAGAGUUUCCGAACACAGUAAGAAGCAAGAUGUUGCAGAAGAGCCUAAGCAAGAAAAUAUCUUCCAAGAAGUUUCAAGAAUUUCAACUGAUCUUGACAAAGAGGAAAAGAACGAAGAUAACAAGCCAGAAAAGGAAGAGAGCAAAACUGGAACAAACAUCUUUGAACAAAUCACUCAAAUGGCUGACGCUAUCAUGCCCAAAGUCGAAGACAACGAUAAGCCACUCCCCGAUGACGAAGAUGUUUUCCAAGUUGUUGAGAAUGCCCCUUCAGCACCACGAUCCGAACAGAAGGUUGAAGAAACAACUGAACCAGUAGUGAUUGAAGACUCCUUCCCACGAAUUGACGAAAGAACCACCACCUCUGAAGCUCCAAUCGAAGAUGAGUCUGCCGAGCGUGACCCUCUUGCUGGGUUCGUGAACAUGGAGGAAUUCGAAAAGGAAGCUCUUGAAGUUGUUAAAGCAUUAAGAUCAAACAACCAACAAGAGAAGGAACAAUCGAAUCCAUCUGUUCAAAAGCCUUCAGCUUAA